AUCAUCGGCUCAACAUUAUUUAAGUUCUAGAGGUGUAAAGGCUUUUAUUCUGCUUUGGCUGUAACUGCUCAUCCUCUGCUCUCCGCUUUCAGUUUAGUGUCGCAGACAGCAGGUCCUGUUAUUUUACAAGUGAUGCUUGUGAUGAGAGUCUCCCGCGGAAACAGAUUUUAGGGCGUCGUCUUGUCUGUAAUAAUACAAGCGCGUGAUGAGGAAAAUCUCUUAGAUGAAACAUUGACACAUUUAUUCUGUCAUUCACUAACCGAACUGUCAUCUAAUGAGACUUUCUCUUAAUUCACUCACUGAGCUGUAUUCAGAGAUCAGUUUUAACAUCCGUAGUUGUGCUCUAUGCGUAAUUUAAGUGGUUUUUCUGAAAUACUUUGAAAAAAUGAACACAGAAAAGGAUUUUUCUCCACUGACACCAAACAUUGUGAGAGCUCUCAACGACAAACUGUAUGAGAAGAGGAAGGUGGCAGCUCUUGAGAUUGAAAAGCUUGUACGAGAAUUUGUAGCCCAGAACAACUCUGCACAGAUCAGACAUGUCAUCCAGAUACUGGCCACAGAGUUUGCGCUGUCCCAGCACCCUCACAGCCGAAAAGGAGGCCUCAUUGGACUGGCGGCGUGCUCCAUUGCUCUGGGAAAAGACUCUGGAUUGUACCUGAAGGAACUCAUUGAUCCGGUUCUUACCUGUUUCAAUGACUCUGACAGCCGUCUGCGCUACUACGCCUGUGAGGCCCUUUACAAUAUAGUGAAGGUUGCCAGGGGAGCAGUGCUGCCUCACUUCAAUGUGCUGUUUGAUGGGCUUAGCAAGCUUGCUGCAGAUCCUGAUCCAAAUGUUAAGAGUGGAUCUGAGCUCCUGGAUCGGCUUCUUAAGGACAUUGUUACAGAGAGCAACAAAUUUGACUUAGUGGCUUUUGUCCCCUUAUUGCGUGAGAGGAUUUACUCAAACAACCAGUAUGCCCGCCAAUUCAUUAUCUCCUGGAUCCAUGUGUUGGAGUCAGUUCCUGAUAUCAACCUCCUGGAUUAUCUUCCAGAAAUUCUAGACGGACUCUUCCAGAUUCUUGGAGACAGCAGCAAAGAGAUCAGGCGGAUGUGCGAGGUGGUUUUGGGGGAAUUCCUGAAAGAAAUUAAGAAGAAUCCUUCCAGUGUUAAAUUUGCAGAAAUGGCCAACAUCUUAGUCAUCCACUGUCAAGUGUCUGAUGAAUCAAAGUCCACUAAUGAUCUCAUCCAGUUGACGUCUAUGACAUGGAUGAGAGAAUUCAUCCAGCUUGCUGGGAGGGUUGUACUGCCGUAUUCCUCUGGCAUCCUGACAGCAGUGCUGCCUUGCCUUUCAUAUGAUGACCGCAAAAAGAGUACUAAAGAGGCUGCCAGUGCAUGUAAUCAUAGCCUGAUGAAGCUUGUGACUCCUGAAGAUGAUGAAGAUGAUGAAGAAUCACAGACCAAAACUUCCCCUCCAUGUGAUGAGACUCUAAAGAAAGAGGGAGAUCUGAAUGAUUCCCUAAAUGAGUCUCAGGAGUCUGUAGGCUUCAGCAACAUCUCUUUCUUCACUCCAGCAAGUUCUGACAGAUCUGUAGUAAAUCUGGAUCUGGAUGGCAUAGUGCAAGUACUGGACAGACAUUUACACGAUUCAUCCACCGGAAUGAUGACUCGCAUUGCUGUGUUGAAGUGGCUGUACCAUUUGUACAUCAAGACCCCUCGCAAGAUGUUCAAGCACACAGAUAGUUUGUUCCCCAUGCUACUGAAGACACUAUCAGACGAGUCUGAUGAAGUGAUUUUAAAAGACUUGGAGGUUUUAGCAGAAAUUGCAUCAUCACCGGCUGGGCAGACCGAUACUUCUGGGUUGUGCGACAACUUGGAUAGUAAAACGGAGCUCCAUAUUCCAGGUGGGGUCAGAGAUGGGCAGCCAAUGGUGGUUGCAGGAUCUAAGAUGACAGACUUGUCUCCCUCAACUCCCAGCAUGAACUCAUACUUCUACAAGUUCAUGAUUAAUUUGCUCAAGCGCUUCAGUUUAGAGCGGAAACUUCUAGAAGUGAGAGGGGCCUUCAUUAUCAGGCAGCUAUGUCUCCUCCUGCACGCGGAGAACAUAUUUCACUCUAUGGCGGACAUCUUACUCAAGGAAGAAGAUCUGAAGUUUGCCUCCACCAUGGUGCAGACACUUAAUACUAUUCUGCUUACCUCAGCUGAACUGUUCCAGCUGCGGAACCAGCUCAAGGACUUGCGCUCCCAGGAAAGCUGUGCUCUUUUCUGCUGUCUCUAUCGCUCUUGGUGUCACAAUCCAGUAGCCACUGUGUCCCUCUGCUUCCUGACGCAGAACUAUCGGCAUGCCUACGACCUCAUCCAGAAAUUUGGAAAUCUGGAGGUAACUGUGGACUUCCUCAUGGAGGUGGAUAAACUUGUGCAGCUAAUCGAGAGCCCUAUUUUCACCUACCUUCGUCUGCAGCUACUGGAUGUAGAGCAUAACCCGUAUCUCAUCAAGGCUCUGUACGGCCUAUUGAUGUUGCUUCCUCAGAGCCAGGCCUUCCAGCUGCUCUCACAUCGGCUCAGCUGUGUGCCAAACCCUGAACUCAUGAGGACCGUAGAAGAUCCAAAGGCACCCGUCAAGGACAAACGAUUGGCCCAGCCGCACAUCGACUACAAUGAACUGCUCCAACACUUUGACCGAGUCCAGAGCAAACACCUGGAAGUGAGGCAUCAGAGGGCGGGCCACUCUGAACACCCAGACAGGAAGCUGAUGUUGUAAAGGGUCACAGACAGGACAUGGUUAUGUAGCCUUUGUCUGAAAACUAUGGUACACAGGAGACCGGAGCCUCAAUAUGACCUGUAGUGGGCAUUUAUGUAUAAUCUUGUUCAGAUUUUAAUGUAUUCAAGCUACUAUAGGCAUGAGGGACUUUUGAUGUGCUUUAUUUUUAAGAUACGUGAAGUGCAUUACGUUCAGGUGCUGGAGUUGACAUACACACUUGGACAUAAUUUGACUUGGUAAUCUGUUACAGAUUAAGGGCCAAUGGUUAUAUCAUUCCCAACUCUCUGAUUUAAUGUAACCCUUCCCAGAACAUUUCUACAGAUCACCCUGCACAUACCCCUGAAUGUUUAUUAUUAGGAACUUUUAAUCUAAAACAUGACCUGUACUGUAAAUGUGUCUUAAAUGGACAAUUACUUUUUUGUAUUGUGAUUUUAUCUCUUACACAAUCCACGUCCAAUAAUUUUCACUAUGUUUUCUUAGCAUUCCCAUUGGAGUCUGCUUGUUCAUCUCAUGAAGUGUUUUCCACAUUAACACAUUUACUCUUGGCCUUAUGUACAUGCAAGCCAUUUUUCUGUAAUGUGAAGACAAAGUUACAAUAAAGUGGAACAUCAUCAUAA